AAUAACCUUGUAAACGUAAACGUAAAGAAACUCUGCUCAUCCCUUAUUAGACUUCAGACUUUGAGUCAUGUCAAUGAGCAUUCUCGUAAAUUUCACUUCCAACAUGUAAGAAAAUGAAAGAACAGUGGGGAAAGAAAGGCGAGAGCUGUAACAGCAGUCAUACGUAGUAAUCUAGUAUGCAUCCGACAGCCUAUAUAUGUUUCAAGUGUGCUCGAUCCGGCCAGCAAGCUGUUUUUCAGUCAUCAGAGAGGACAUUUCAUGCAUGGAGUUGAAGUAGCUGAAUCCUCCAACCUUAGAAAUGGACAGGACCCUAGACGGGAAAAACGUUACAUCGGUGUAAGAAGACGGCCGUGGGGGAAAUACGCAGCAGAAAUAAGGGAUUCGACAAGGAACGGGAAGAGGGUUUGGCUUGGAACGUUCGACACAGAAGAAGAGGCCGCCUUGGCGUAUGAUCAAGCUGCAUUCGCAACGAGAGGCCCUUUGGUUUCACUCAAUUUUCCAUUAGAGAAAGUUGCGGAAUCUCUUCAAAAGAUGAAGUAUAGCUGCAAGGAGGGCUCAUCACCUGCUAAAGCCAUAAAGGAGUCUCACAAGAUGCUAAAGAGUAGUAAGAUGAAACAAGUGACCGAAGAUGGUAUCGUGGUUUUUGAGGACUUGGGAUCUGAUUUGCUGGAUGAGCUCCUGUCUGAAAGCUCAUAUAAUCUCUGUCUCAAUUAAAUUAGGGAGUGAAAUUAGAAAUUUUUCGAGAAAUUUAACUCAAUGUAAGGUUGGUUUAAUUUUCCAUGGUAAGAGCUGAUCAAUGAUUUGUUCACCUCUUGUCAGCCUCUAAGUCUGUAUAGUGAAAAUAAUAUUAAGCUGUAAAACUUACUGAAAAUAAUUUCUAUUAUGUAUAGUGAUCCCACGAUUAUUUC